AGACUACCACUGCGCAGCAUUCCCCAGGACUGAUGGACACAUCAUGCUUGGCUAUCGUUUAGCUCGCAUAGUGUGUACUUCUCUGAGACUUCACUUUAACUUCCCUUCCCGCGAUUGACACGGUGAGGGCCCGUCCGGCAAGCAUCUAAGGCAGGACACUAUAAAUAUUCAGGACGAGCAGAGCGCACAAACUGCUCAGAUCCUUGACGACCUUCUUCUCUGUCAACCCCUGUCAACCCCAUCCAAGCCACUGCAGGAUCAAUCAAAUGACAACAUCUCCACACUGGACGUCCAUCAGCGUCAUAAUUCUUCUGGCUACGAUAGGUUUUGCUCUGUACAAGGCCUAUCGUGGGGUCGCUUCCCGAACACUACCAUAUCCUCCUGGGCCGCCGAGGCUCCCUAUACUUGGUAGCGUUCAUCUACUUCCUCAAGAAUACCAGGAAAAAACGUUCGCGGAAUGGGGGAAGACCUUCGGAGAUCUUGUGUUCGCGAAACUCUUCCGAACUCCUACGAUCAUCAUCAACUCCUUCGAGACUGCUCGAGACCUUAUGGAAAAACGUAGUCGAAAUUACUCCUCUCGUCCUCGAUUCAUUCUCAUGACCGAACUAAUGGGUUGGAAAAACGUGCUGACGCACACGCCAUACGGAGAUGAAUUCCGUUUACAAAGAAAGUGGAUACAAGAGGCAUUUCAAACAAAGGCUGCUUUGGACAGCUACCGGGCGUUGCAACGGCGAGAAGUGAACGUCGUUCUUGCCAAUCUCCUCUCUUCCCCAAAUGCGUUCAUGGCGCACUUUACAAGAUUUUCAGCAAGUGUCAUCAUGGAAAUAUGCUACGGCCAUCGGGUAACAAGUGACCAUGACAAGUUCAUCCAUAUUGCAGAAAGAGCAGCUACUGCGACAGUUACGGCCGGAAGUGCUGGUAGCAUGCUUGUAGACUUCUUUCCAAUUCUGAAACUUCUGCCCACAUGGAUGCCUGGCGCUGGUUUCAAAAGACGUGCGUUUCAUGUCCGAGAGCUGGUAAAGGAAUUGUAUGAUGCGCCUUACAGCAUGGUAUGCGAGAAGAUGGCCUCCGGGAUUGCAUGGCCUUCUUUCACGUCUACCCUUCUGGAGCAGUGUUACCGCAAGGGCGAACUUACAGCUUAUGACGAAGACAACAUCAAAGGUGCAGCCGCCGUCAUCUACGCAGCUGGAACAGAAACGACAGCGACUGUAAUGAUAACAUUCAUCCUUGCCAUGGUCACAUUUCCGGACAUUUAUAAGAAGCUGCAAGAAGAAGUGGGCAGAGUGGUCGGUUCUGACCGUUUACCAGACUUCGAUGAUCGAGAGUCAUUGCCUUACGUAGAGAGUGUGAUCAAGGAAUCGUACAGAUGGCAUGUUCCUGUCCCGUUAGGUAUACCUCAUAACACAAUGAAGCCAGAUGUCUACAACGGCUAUUAUAUUCCCCAGAAUUCCAUGGUGAUCGGGAACAUAUGGAAUAUGUCUCAGGAUGAGAGCGUGUACCUCAACCCAGAGGAAUUCCGUCCGGAGCGGUUCUUGGGGGAGACCAACUUUGAGUUGGACCCCAAAAAUUUCGUAUUCGGCUUUGGAAGAAGGCAAUGUCCUGGUGCCGACUUCGCUGAUCGCAAUAUCUUCCUCCUCGUAGCAAGCCUCGCAGCGACUAUGGAUCUCGCAAAAGCAAAGGAUUCUGAGGGUAGGGAGAUUACGCCACCAAUUGAGUUCACCUCAGGAUUCGUCUGUCGACCAAAGGACUUCGUAUGCCAGAUUACGCCCCGCUCAGAGAAAGCAGCGGAACUAAUUAAGCAAAUGAACGCGGUGACAGGCGAAGUAUAGUCUGAGCUACGUCCUAAUGCUUCCGGAUUCGUAACUUCGAGCUGUUCUUGAAUACCCAUUGUGUAAGGUAAUUGAUACGACUUCGGAAAUACUAUGUAUAGCGCAGAGUUGCAUGUGUC